AUGAGGAUGAAUCUUAAUUACAUGUCCACCAUGUUUAAGUGUGCUGGUAAUGAUGAUAUUAUCACUAUUAAGGAUGAUGAUGCAAGUGAUAAGGUUAAUUUCGUGUUUGAGAGUGAUAUGGUGUCUGCUAGUGGUCUGGUCAGUGAGGAAGUCCUAGAGAUAGUCAUGGAUGAUAAGGAAGCUGAAAAGGUAGUCAAUGAAAAUGAGGCUACAACUAAGGUUAAGAAGGGGACAAAUAUUCAGGAGUUUGAUUUGGAGAUUCGCGAUAAAAAAGUGGCUGAGAAUGUUGUUGCAGAUCACAUGUCUAGAUUGAGAUAUGAUGAUGCUUUUUCUUUGCUUUUGAGUGGUGAGGAGAGAGUAUUUUUACGGCCUUUGGGUGUUUGA